ACAGAGACACGUGACGAUGCGCAUCUCUGCGCCUCUUUAUGUUUCUAUCAACUCGUCAAAUGCGGAGAAGUUUGUGAACUUGCAGACCAGGAGACCAUGAUGGGAUCUGAUGGAGGUACAAAGCCACGUUACUUGUUCACCCUGGCCUCUGGGAUGGUGGAAUGCCUGUGUUUUGCUGGAGUACUUUUUGGAUGGGCCUCUUUGGUGUUUGUGCUCAAAGAUGAUGGAUACUUUUAUCAAUACUGUGAAGGGGGUCAGAACAGCACUUCAUUGGUUCCAGACUGUAGUCGACAGGAUGAGCAGUUCGCCUUGGUGUUUACCAUUGCAUCUUUCCUCAAUAACUUCAUGACCUUCACAAAUGGAUAUAUUUUUGACCGCUUUGGUACAACAGUAACCAGACUUCUGGGAAUAUUUUUGUAUACAACUGGCACUCUGCUUGUGGCAUUCUCUAGUGCUGCACUUUCCGAGAUGCUUUUCCUGGCCAUGUCCUGCAUUGGUGUAGGGGGGAUUCUGCUGCUCAUGACAAACAUGCAGGUGGGUAACCUGUUUGCUGGUCAUCGCUCCACUAUCAUCACUUUGUACAAUGGUGCAUUCGACUCCUCAUCCGCUGUUUUUCUGAUUUUUAAGAUUUUAUAUGAACAAGGAGUCUCCCUACGCACCUCCUUUCUAGCUUUGUCUCUAUGCAGCAUCCUUCACCUCACAAGAACCUUUUUAUUGAUGCCCAGAUCUCACAUCCCCUACCCUUUACCAGAGCUGUACACCUAUGGGAACUUGACUUGGGGAAAGGCGAAUUCUUACAAUGUUGAAAAGUCUGAGCAGAUUACAGAAGACACAUCUAAAAAGGAGUAUGAAGCAGACAGCACAUUCCCACAACAAGCUCGGAGUUUCCAAAGUUGUGUUUUAUCCUGGGUUUUCUUCUGGCACCUGCUGUGGUUAUCUGUCAUGCAGCUCAGACACUACCUCUUCAUUGGAACACUUAACCCCAUGAUAAGUCGACUGGCCAACAAUGACCCGGGUUUAGUGAGUAAAUACACCAAUGCAUUUGCCAUGACGCAGCUCUGCGGGGUGCUGUGUGCUCCCUGGAACGGCCUCAUCAUGGACAGGAACAAGGGGAAGCCUCUAGCUCCUGGUGAGACUGAGCAGGAGGCGGACCUGCGUUCCUCUGUGCUCUCCCUGUUCCUCACGGCUCUUCAGUGUUUGUGCUUCUCAGUCUGUGCCUCUGUCCCUGUCCUCCCGCUGCAGUACCUCACAUUUGCUCUGCAAGUCCUCAACCGGUCCUUCCUCUACGGGGGAAAUGCCGCCUUUAUCAGUAUAGCAUUUCCAGCCUGCCACUUUGGGAAGCUGUAUGGACUAGUGAUGUCAUUGUCCGCGAUCGUGUCCUUACUGCAGUAUCCAUGCUUUGCUUUGGUCAAAGGGAUUUUAGGUGGAGAGCCACUUUAUGUCAACAUUGCUCUGACCAUCCUCACUCUACUGACUUUCAUUCACCCCAUCAACGUCUACUUUCAGUGCAGAAGAUCAGCACAAAAGAAGACAGACCAAGCUGAAGUUGAUCAAGACACAGUUUUAGCGGAGGCUACAUUUUAAAUCAUUUUAUUCCAAAAUUUGAUUUUUUUUUUUUUAAAGUGAACUUACAUUUUAUAUUGAGAUGCCUUGUUCCUGGUGAUGCAAUUUCAACAUAAAAAGUUGCAGUAUUGUU